AUGAAGCUGGACCACAACCCUUUCGGCGCCCUGCGCGCCAAGUCGCGCUCGUUGCGGCGCAAGAACGACCGCACGCGCAUCUACGCCUCGUCUACGGUCGCAUGCGACGGCGGCAUGGUGUCGCCCAAGCUUGCCCACGGACGUCUGUCGCACGAGGAUCUCACGGCGCAUGGAGCGUCACGCACCUCGAGUGUGGAUAGCUUUGGCCUCAGUCACCACACGCAUCUGCACCACGCCGAUUACGCCACCAACAGCGCUGUGCUGUUAGGGGAUGACAAGGAGCUGCACGACCCCAACUUUGUGCGCCACAACUGGGAGAUGAUGACGGGCGAAGCGUUGCCGGACAACCAGCUGCACUUUGGGCGAUCGGCGUCGCCGCGUCUGACGAGUCGACGCAGCACGUUUUCGUCGCGCACCAAUAGCUCGCGGCCGUCUUCGCGAUCGGGGAGCGAGACGGGCGGACACCACACGCCGGCAUUCGGUCCGGGCAUGAGUGCCUUUUCGGGUCUGUCGAGCUAUUCGCAAGCGGGCCGGAGCAACCCGCGCUCGUCGUCUACACGCGGCUUGCAGGUGGAGGGAUCCAUCCUGCGCGAUGAAGAGGCCAUGUUGAGCGACGACGACAGCAGCGACGACGAUGACUUCAGGGACGACAUGUUCCCCGCCUACCGCCUGCCGACGUCGCGACGCGCGAGUCCGAGCCAGCUGGCUCCGCCCUCGCCGCGCACGCUGCUGCAUGCGUCGCUGUCCGGAAGCAGCAACCCGCCUUCACCCGUGCCAUCGCACGCCGCCUCGAUGGAGCAGCAGCAGGCCGCAGCCGCUUUCCACCGUCGCCGACACUGGACCGUCGCCGAGGGCAGUCAGGCGUACAACGCCUCCAGCGCCGCACACGUGCUCAAUGCCAACUCGAACAAGUUCAAAGAACGUAGUUUCUCCCAACCCGCCUAG